GCCUCUCAAGUCUUAUAACCAGGAGAAGGUCAAUUGUAGCAAGAUACCCCCAUCAGCGGAACAUUCAAAAGUAUAUCCAGGUGUGUCAAAAUUUAUUCACGUAACAAAUGGUACAUGCCUCAGCAUCAAACUGUCAAAAAACCUUCUCUGCUGCCACUGUGCUGAUAGAAAGUGAAAACCCAACAAGCAUCUACAAGUCAAACACAAAGAAAAAGAAAAACUUAUACAUUUGAAAUCCCAUCAGGCCAAGAGAGAAUCCCAAAUAACAUCAUGCCAGGGAUGGUUUCAAACACUGCACAGACUGCUGCUGUUUCUGAAGAUCUUCCUCCAGCUUCACCAAGAAUCAGGCUUGCUGAUGGAAGGUAUCUGGCUUAUAGAGAAAGUGGGGUCCCCAAGAACAAAGCAAACUACAAGAUCAUCAUUGUUCAUGGCUUUGGAAGCUCCAAGGAAAUGAGUUUCCUGGCACCCCAAGAAUUAAUAGAUGAAUUGGGGAUAUAUUUUCUGCUAUAUGAUCGUGCUGGAUAUGGAGAAAGUGAUCCAAAUCCAAAGCGUUCGGUCAAGAGUGAAGCCCUUGACAUCGAAGAACUGGCUGAUCAGUUAGAGUUAGGAUUGAAAUUUUAUGUGAUUGGAGUGUCAAUGGGAUCAUAUCCCACCUGGAGUUGCAUCAAACAUAUACCACACAGGCUAGCAGGUGUGGCUUUGGUAGUUCCAGUUGUCAAUUAUAGGUGGCCUUCUCUUCCUGACCAUCUGAUAAAGGAUGAUUACAGGAGAAAACUUAUCAAAUGGGGACUCUUCUUUGCAGAAUUUGCCCCUGGACUACUGCGGUGGUGGGUGACUCAGAAAUGGCUCCCUUCAACUUCUGUCCUGGAAAGAAAUCCGGUAUUCUUCAACAGCAGAGACAUAGAAGUCCUCAAAACAAUUCCAGGCUUCCCAAUGCUUUCUCAGGAAAAGUUACGACAAAAAGGGGUUUUUGAUACUCUGCAUCAUGACUUCAAAUUGGCUUUCAGCCGUUGGGAUUUCGACCCCAUGGAUCUCAGCAAUCCAUUCCCCCAAAACCAGAGCUCUGUUCAUAUUUGGCAAGGUUAUGAAGAUAAGGUUGUGCCAUUUCAACUUCAAAGAUAUAUUUCAUGUAAGCUACCGUGGAUUCAGUAUCAUGAAGUUCCUGACGGUGGGCAUUUGAUUGUGCAUUAUGCUGGUUUGUGUGAGGCCAUUCUAAGGGCACUCUUGCUUGGAGAAGAGCAUCUUCAUUACAAACCUACUAUAGCCAAAAUUGUUUCAUAAGUGCGUCAAAUAUUCUUCAAUUGUUGAUUGUAGAUGAUUGAUUCUUUCAUACAAUUACAAGCAUGUACAUUAGCUUUGUCAUUUGAAACUUUGAAUACAAGACAGUUCUUUCUUUA